AUGGAUCCGAUAUCCAUCACUGCGGCAUGUGUCGGUUUAUUGAGCGGCUUGACUGCAAUAUCGACCAAGAUUCGAAACCUCACAGUUGAUGCGAAGAACAGGAACAAAGAGGUUCUGGCCCUCCAUAGCGAACUCGACUCAUUUCAGCGAAGUCUGGGCUUGUUCUACGGCAGUGGUCAAGCAGACCGAUAUCCAGAGCACCUUUGCGCCGACCUAGAAAAGAUUAUCCGAGGAAGCAGGUAUGUCGUCGAAGAGAUCGACGGCCUGUUAGAGAAGGUCGCUGGUACUGGUCUUACCCAGCAGCUACAAUGGUCAAUAUCCAUACGAGAUGAGGUAUCAAGAUUGCACCGCAACCUCGAAGGGCACAAAUCAGCAAUCACGAUCGCCAUCGCAGCUACGUCGAUGUCGAUGACGAGGGGGAUCAAGAGUGAUACGUCAAGUAUUAGAAGCAAGGCAGCUCGAAUACCUCAAAUCCAACAACAACUAGCAGCAUUUCUGGAAGCGCUUCAGAUUGAACCUCUUGACGAUGACGGGGUGUCCGAGGCUACACAGCUUGGCGUAGUCAUGCAGCGGUUUCUGGAAGAGACAUAUUCGGGGAGUGUCAACGGCAGUGUUGUGAGAAGGAACACAUUUAGGAGUCAGACCAAUGCACCCUCGGUCUUCAACAACCUUUAUGAAGAGCAACAGCCACUGGUGGAUGUCACCUUUAUCGAGAAAUCUUUCCAUAAACAUACUGAUAUCCUUCGGGCAAAGAGCCCUGACGCACUCCCUGAGAUACCCUCCAGUGCAACUCUUACCGCACCCUUGUCACACGACGAGUAUCUUACAUCUCUCACCAAGUCCUUUAGCGACAGCACACUUGUUAGCAGUACCUUAUCCCAGCCUAUUCAAAACCAGCACGACUCAUGGAAAGAACUGAGCUUUCCUCUACGGCACCCACAUACACAAGACUCCGGAACCGAGACAAAGGUCGCGCGCCGUAAACGCCUCCGCUCCUGGAUCCAAGCCUCCAAAAACCCACCCAUCAAAACCAAUCCGCCUAAACCAGCUCCGCCCGAAACAACCACUCACAUCUCAGAAGCACUACUACGUGAAAUAGCCUCCCUCCUAGCCACAGACCCCCGCGGUUUCAAAAAAGACCCAACAUACGACGAAUACCAGCGCGAAGCCCAAGACCUCUACGAAAACACUCUCCUCAAGGCGUCUCUAGCCGCCAGCGACCAAGUCCAAGUAACAACAACCCUCUUUGAAGAAGCUGUGUCGCUUCACAACUCCGGUCGCAUCGCCCUCGCCACAUCAAAAGCAAAAAGCCUGGCUGAGAACGGCCAUACUGCUUCACAAAUCAUGUACGCGCUCGCUCUGCGCUAUGGCAGGGGGUGCCGAUGCGACCCGAAGCAGGCCCUUGCGUAUUUGUACAGUGCUGCUCGAGUAGCUAUCACUCUUGCAUUGAACAAGUCAAAGUCAGAGACAGGGCCGCACUAUUUCGCAGACAACGCAGCGGGCCUCGACGAGUUGGGCCUGGCGCUAUUCGAGAUUGCUGAAACUUUUCGAUAUACGUGGGCUGAGCCGGUGAGUGCGGGGGAUGCUCGGAUCUUUUAUCAGGCGGCGGCGAAACUAGGGGAUGUCAGGGCUAUGCGGGAGCUGGCCUGGUGUUUUAUUGAAGGCAUAGGAGGAGAGAUUUCGAAAUAUGCGGCUGCGCAGGUGUUACGAGUGGCAUCGGCUCAGGGACAUGAACGACCGAUUGACGGCUGGAUAUGGAAGGAGAAGUACAACAAUGAUUGA